GUUGUUAUACAAACGCCACCAUUGUUGUUUACCGUUUAUUGGGUGCCAAUUCCUCAAUUCCUCCAUACAUUUUUUACUCUGGAUAAUUAGCUUUUUAGAAUUGUUAGAAGUAAAUCAUGUCUUUUGAUACAAUUCCCAAAGAUUUGCGCGGUCUGCGAGCUUGCUUGGUGUGCUCUUUAAUAAAGACUUUUGACCAAUUUGAAUAUGAUGGAUGCGACAAUUGCGAUGAAUUUUUACGUAUGAAAAACAAUAGAGACAACGUCUACGAUCACACCAGUAAUAAUUUUGAUGGGCUAAUUGCUCUUAUGAGCCCCGAAGAUUCUUGGGUAGCCAAGUGGCAAAGGAUAGGUCGUUUUACCAGAGGCAUAUAUGCUAUAUCGGUUUCGGGUACACUGCCUCAAGCAACUUUAAGAGAAAUGAAGAGCCGAGGCAUUCCAUACAGGCCACGAGAUACUAGCCAACGUUAAUUUUAGCUUAAAAAAUUGGGGGCAACCACAAUGGACGAAUCCACAACUUUAAAUUCGACUAACCUAUGUCGUCUUAUCCUAAACUCCAAAUGAUUUAUAUAAUGGAUUUCGACUACAACAUACUAUAUGUUAUUUAAAAAGAGAAUUGUAAAAAACUUUAUUCAAUUUCAAAAGAUUUAUAAACAAAAUAUUCCCAUAGUUUAUAAUAAAACAAUAUAAUAUACAUAUUUUAUAAA